AUGGCCUCAAAGCUUCUAGCUAACGCUCUCCGCCGAACCCUAAACAAAACCACCGCAUCCUCGUCCCUCCACCGCCGUCUCUCCACCGCAGCGGCACUAGCAACCGCACCUGCACCCGCAUCAGCACAACAAAAUGAGGAAGCCAUAACAAUGAAAGGCAUAAAAAUCUCAGCUCGACCACUCUACCUAGACAUGCAAGCAACAUCACCAGUGGACCCCAGGGUCCUCGACGCCAUGCUCCCUUACUAUCUCGCUCGCUACGGCAACCCUCACUCGCGCACUCAUCUCUAUGGUUGGGAAUCCGAUCAAGCCGUGGAGACCGCCCGCUCUCAAAUCGCCGAUUUAAUCGGCGCGUCGCCGAAAGAAAUCGUUUUCACUUCAGGAGCGACGGAGUCGAAUAAUAUUUCAGUUAAAGGAGUCAUGAAGUUUUAUAAGGAGAAGAAACGACAUGUCGUUACUACGCAGACGGAGCAUAAGUGUGUUUUGGAUUCUUGCCGCCAUCUUCAGCAAGAAGGUUUUGAGAUUACGUAUCUGCCGGUUGGGAAUGAUGGAAUUGUUGACUUGGAGAAGUUGAGGAGUUCUAUUAGGCCGGACACUGGGCUUGUUUCGGUUAUGGCAGUUAAUAAUGAGAUUGGUGUGAUUCAGCCAAUGGAGGAAAUUGGGAAAAUUUGUAAGGAGCUGAAGGUUCCGUUUCAUACGGAUGCUGCCCAAGCCUUGGGGAAGAUUCCGGUUGAUGUGGAUAAAUGGAAUGUGAGUUUAAUGUCGCUGAGUGGACAUAAGAUUUAUGGGCCGAAAGGGGUCGGUGCUUUGUAUAUGCGUAGGCGGCCAAGGAUAAGAGUGGAGCCACAGAUGAAUGGGGGUGGACAAGAGAGAGGGAUAAGGAGUGGGACAGUGCCUACUCCUUUAGUUGUGGGAAUGGGGGCGGCGUGUGAAUUAGCAAAAAAGGAGAUGGAGUAUGAUGAUGAGAGAAUUAAGGGUUUGCAAGAGAGGCUGUUGAAUGGAAUUAGGGCUAAGCUUGACGGUGUUGUGGUUAAUGGGAGUGUUGAGAGGAGGUAUGCUGGGAAUUUGAAUAUUUCAUUUGCGUAUGUGGAAGGGGAGAGUUUGCUGAUGGGCUUGAAGGAUGUGGCAGUGUCGAGUGGGAGUGCUUGUACGAGUGCUAGUUUGGAGCCUUCGUAUGUGUUGAGGGCAUUGGGGGUGGAUGAGGACAUGGCUCACACUUCAAUUAGGUUUGGCAUUGGGAGGUUUACCACAGAGGAGGAGAUUGAUAGGGCAAUUGAGCUUACUGUGCAUCAAGUUGAGAAGUUGAGGGAAAUGAGCCCUCUUUAUGAGAUGGUGAAGGAAGGAAUUGAUAUUAAGCAGAUUCAAUGGUCACAGCACUGA